AUGUCCGACCGAUCAAACAAUCGGCGCGAGCCAAGGAGGAGUCUGCGACACCUGCCAAAUGGCAACAAUGGUGUUCAUGAGGAACUGCAGCCAGAGGAGAGCGCUGGUAUCGCAGAAAAUGCGCGGAGGGGUGUAGAGGGGCAUCAAGACGCAAAUGCUCGCACCGUUGAGACAAAGAAUCAACAAGCAGGGCCACGACAAGCGCGGGGAGGGAAGAAGCCAAAAAGUCAGACGGGCCAAGGGAACAAUCCACCGGGAAAGAAACCCACACACUCUAGAAAUGAAGCUCGGGAUUCUCAACCAGUUUCGGCCAGAACCAAUUCGAUCCCUGCGCCACAUCUGAACAGCACACCAAAAGCGAAGCUUGCCACUCCUUCGAAGGCUACUGGAACCACUCCACGACCAUAUGCUGGCCCUGGGUUCCACAAUUCACCUGAUGCGUCGACCCUGAAACUUCCUCAAUAUUUCUCAAAAUCUGUACCUAAUGUAAACAAGACGACUAGUCUCAAGAGUAUGAUGGAGAAUACUCCUGAAGACUCAGCUUCAGAGAAAGAAGAUCUGCAGUCAAGCUACGCAUACACGCCAGAUCGAAUUCGCCUUUCACGCGAGGAAUCGCCCCUAGACAUGCUCUUCCGCGCGGACAGGGCAGCCAAAGCGAAGCUUUCGCGAACAUCCUCAGGGCUGAAGACUGAUGAUACGCGGAUUUCAACCAACUCUGAUGCUCCACGACCCAGCGGCCCGUCUUUAGCAGCGCCGUCAUCGCGUCAUCAUGCAAGGCACCAUACUGAUGGCAACGCGGGUAGUGUCUUUCGUAUGGAGAUGGACAGCGACUCUAAUGGGCAGGCUCUUCAAUCCAAGGAAGAGGAACCUGCCGCCGAUGCGACCAAUGAGGACCCACUACUCGCUAAGACUAGAGCACUGAAACAGCUGCUGAAUUUUCCCAGCUAUCCAGACCACUCCUCUCCUGCUCAGACCUCUGAAGUACCUUCUACAAACUUCACAACUCCGACACAAAAGCCCAAAAAUCGGACAUCUGCUCGUUUGUCUGGAACGCUACCCGUGUUUCCAAAUGGUAUGGAGGGCACGACACCCGACGAACGACGACAAGCUCUACUCGCGUUAGCAGAGAAGCAGAUUGCGUCACCCAAUAUUCCUACAAAUCAACGCCCCCUUCCUCGAGCCUCAGUCGGGAGUUCAAAGCUCCCAUGUCUCCAGUUGGUGACCGCGACCUUGAACCUCCCUCCACUCCUACACCCUCGAACAGAAAGGAGAAACACCGACCUACCACAAGGAGGCAACCUGCCUCAGCUCACCAAACAUCUACUGCAUCUCCUGCCGUGCCUGCCGUGCCUGCCGGCAACACUAGGCAGUCAGCCACUUCCAUGA